GAUUAAUUGUUUAAAUUGGCAAAAUUGGCAAGAAUAUGAUCUCAGUACAAUUACAGUAGGAAAGGAAAUGAAUACGGUGAACUUUCAACAUUGUGGAUUAAUGAAUGAAUUAAGUUUAAAAGAUGUGAUUACAAAUUUAGGAUUGGAACAAACAGAUGAGCUUAUAUUUAAUUCUUAUAAAAACUAUUAUGGAAAAUUAGAAAAAGAAGAUCUUCGUGGAUUUUAUAAUGUCAAAAAACUUGAUUUAUCAUAUAACGGUUUAACCAAUAUUUCACCGACUUUGUUUGACAAUUUUCUAAAUUUGAAGUCUCUUAAUUUAUCACACAAUGAACUUAGAUUACCAUAUACUGUUUUUGAAAAAUGCAAAUUUCUGGAAAUACUCGAUUUAUCUUUCAAUAAUUUAACUAAAAUAUUUCACGAAUUAUUUUCUACAUUAUAUUAUUUGAAAUAUUUGGAUCUUUCGUGUAAUCAUUUGGUGGAUUUUGUAUCUGGAACAUUUGACAAUUUGAAAAAUGUAACAUUUUUAAACAUGAGUCACAAUGAUAUAAUGUAUUUUACGGACGAAAUGUUUUCUUCUUUACAUUCCUUGGAAAUACUUGAUAUUUCUUUCAAUCAAUUGAUCGUCAUUCAACCAAAUUUAUUGAAACAUAAUGCAAUGUUAAUUGAAGUGUAUUUGCAUGAUAACAAAAAAGCGAUAGGAACUUUGCCACAAGACUUUUUGGCAGAUUUAACAAAACUUCGAGUAGUCUGUUUAAACAAUAAUAAAUAUCAAUUUUUACCAGAUAAUCUUUUUGAAAAUUCAACAGCGUUAAAAUACAUCAACUUGAGUUACAACAAUCUUCCUACAUUACCGAAGAAUAUUUUCAAUGGUUUACGAAAUCUUGAAAAUCUUGUGCUAAAUGAUAAUCGAUUUGAAACACUUCCUUAUCAAAUCUUGAAAGAUUUGAUCAAUUUAGAAAAACUCGAUUUGUCUGGGAAUAAAAUGACUCAUAUAACAAGGUAACA